GCACUACGCACUGGGCUGUCUGAAGAAGUGCGUUUCCUUUUCAAGGGCCCGUGUGUUUGUGUGUGUAUAUGUGUGUGUGUGUGUGUUUAAGUGUAAAAGACAGCUGUAGUCCCUGGGUGUGCUGCGCUUCCGUAACGCUUAAAAACCUGCUCGCUUCAGGCGGGUUACCGUUUAGCGACUUCUCCGGUCUGUGAAGCGCUGCAACAGGUGUGUUUUUUAAAAGCCGAACCGUUUGUUUCCUCGCGCGUUGUGUUUUUAAAUUUGAAGCGCAUUCGGUCGCCGCUGUCUUAAAGGUUUUUGGGGCAAUAUUUGUACGCACGGACGAGCCGAUCAUCUUUUGUCUGCAUUGAUGUUAGAGGAAAGCUCUCCGGAAGAUCUGUUUUGCCGAACGUGUGAAUGAACACUUGUAUAGCGUUAUCUUCUGUUGAUACAAUCUAACUUCAGUGGGGUUGACCCACACAUGGACUAAGUGGACAAGUCUAAAACAUCUCAACUUUAAGGCAUUUGGACACCAAGGGCUGAUCAUCUACAGAACACAUAGAUCUUUGGCCAGUUCUGGCUGCAGCUGUACACCUCAGACUCAGCUCUGAUGUUACCGGCUGAAACGGGUCGACUGUGAGAGGACGAUUUCCCUCAGUUAUGUCUACCUUUGAGACGAUCUGGCCUCCCGGCACCGAGUGUGUAGCCAGGUACAACUUUCCUGGAACGGCCAACCAGGACUUGCCCAUGUGCAAAGGAGAUGUCCUUACUAUAAUUGGAGUAACUAAGAAUUUGUCUGCUGGUGCUUCCUUCCAGGAUCCAAACUGGUACAAAGCAAAAAAUGCAGCAGGACGAGAGGGUAUCAUACCAGCAAACUACGUUCAGAAGAGAGAAGGAGUGAAAUCAGGCGGUAAACUGAGCCUUAUGCCAUGGUUCCAUGGAAAAAUCACACGCGAGCAGGCCGAGAGGCUGCUUUACCCCCCAGAGACAGGCCUCUUCCUGGUGCGUGAGAGCACCAACUACCCUGGCGACUACACCCUGUGUGUCAGCUGUGACGGCAAGGUGGAGCAUUACCGCAUCAUCUACCACAACGGCAAACUGUCCAUCGAUGAGGAGGAGUACUUUGAAAACCUCAUGCAGCUCAUGGAGCACUACACUAAUGAUGCAGAUGGACUUUGUACCAGACUUAUCAAACCUAAACUCAUGGAGGGGACUGUGGCGGCCCAGGAUGAGUUCUCAAGAAGUGGCUGGGCUCUGAAUAGAAAAGAACUGAAGCUCAUCCAGACUAUUGGAAAGGGAGAGUUUGGAGAUGUGAUGGUCGGAGACUACAGAGGCAAGAAAGUAGCGGUGAAGUGUAUCAAACAUGACGCAACAGCGCAGGCCUUCGUUGCAGAGGCUUCUGUCAUGACGCAAUUACGGCAUAAUAACUUGGUACAGCUGCUGGGGGUGAUCGUGGAAGAGAAGGGCAGCCUCUUCAUUGUCACUGAGUAUAUGUCCAAGGGUAGUCUAGUGGACUAUCUGCGCUCCAGAGGACGUAGUGUUAUUGGUGGAGAUCGUUUGAUCAAUUUCUCAAUGGAUGUCUGCAAGGCGAUGGAAUAUCUUGAGGCCAAUAACUUUGUGCACAGGGAUCUGGCAGCUCGUAAUGUUUUAGUGUCAGAAGACAACAUAGCAAAAGUCAGUGACUUUGGCCUUACCAAGGAAGCAUCAUCUACUCAAGAUACAGCCAAACUGCCUGUUAAGUGGACUUCACCUGAGGCCUUAAGGGAGAAGGCGUUUUCCACUAAGUCAGAUGUAUGGAGUUAUGGCAUCUUACUGUGGGAGAUCUAUUCCUUUGGUCGGGUACCUUAUCCAAGAAUUCCUCUGAAGGAAGUUGUCCCACGUGUAGAGAAGGGCUAUAAGAUGGACGCCCCAGACGGCUGCCCGGCGGUGGUGUAUGACAUCAUGAAGCAGUGCUGGACUCUGGACCCUGUGGCGCGUCCCAGCUUCAGAGAACUGAGACAGACACUUCAAGAUAUCAUAGCCAAUGAGCUUUACCGAUAAAAGACAAAAACUAGAGGAAAAAACACAAAGAGGAAGACCUUCACGGGACCAUUCUCAUACAGUCUGACCAAAAUCUACUCUUAAAGCAGUGGACUUGGAAAAACAUCAGCAGACAUUUUCUUUUGCAAGUGCACUCUUUUUUUCUACUUUGCAUCGCUUUCAUGGCUUGAUUUUCUUAAUUUUGGGGAGGCUGGCCUUCUCUACAACAACUCACCUCUUUUUGAUUUAGAAGAUCUUCAGCCUCCUCUGAUAUGUCCUCAUACGCUUCCUUAUUUUGGACUUUUGAUUAGCAUAUAGGAUUUUCUGCCAAAAAAAAAAAAAAGAGAGAAAAUCAGCCAAUAUCAUCAGACAAUAAAUAUCAUUAGAAAUGCUAUAUGAUGGCACCCAUAAGGCUGGUUGUCUGCAAAAUAAACCAAGAACAAUAAUUGGCACUUAGGGAGACCGUAUGCUCAUCCAAAACUGUUUUCCGUUCCAGUAGCCAAUGAAAUCCACCAGAGAAUCUUUCUUCCAUUUCACAGUGCCUUUACACCAGAAGUCUGUUGUUGUUUUUUAUAUAUGUUGUUAAGAAGCGCUUGCAUUUCCUGCUCUCUUGCUCAUCUUUUCAAACAUGCGUCAGUCUGAGCCUCAAAACCAGAAAGGAUGAAUAUAAACAUUGUGGGCCUUUAAAAAGAGAUGGCUUGUGUGGAAGCCGGGUUGAUUUAAUAUAUAAAAAAAAAAAAAAAAUGUAAUAGUAAAACUGAGAAAUUAUAUAAAAAGGCCACAAAUACAGAUUUGAGAAAUAUUUGUGAUGUAUGUUGACUUUUGCGAAGGACCUAAUUUUAUCUUAGUAAUUUUCAUAUUUUUUUCUUUGCUGCCAUAUUUCAGAAAAAAUCAUUCCACCUGAACAGUUUGAUAAAAACAAAAGAUAAAGACAAAAAAAUAAAAAGGCUGCCAAAAAGC